AUGGGGGCUUCUUCCGGGAUGUCCGAUCAGGACGAUGACGACUACGAUCCGUCGUUCAAGACCGUGCAAAUUGACGCCCGCGAAAUCCUCGAUACGUUCCCUCUCCCUCACCUCAUCGUUGACCCGGCCUCGCGACUGCACUCCAUCAACGCCGCCGCUCGUCAUGCGCUCGGUCUGCCGCCAGUACCCAAAGAUGGCGCGACGCCUCGCAUCCGGGCCGACUCCCUCUUUUGGACCACGAGCGAAAUGCCCGGCUCGACUGCAAGCGAGAGGCUGUUAGGUGAGCUGUUUAGGCUGUCCAAGGUCGAAGCGAGUUGGGGGAGCGCGGACGCGAUCGAGCUCAAGAGUAUCAACAUACCUGGUCUGAGAUGGGCCGCGGAGAUCAAAGUUCGAGCAUUCACAACACCCAAAGGUGUGGAUGAUGCAUCGCUCGGGUCGCGUUCCGCACCAGACACUCUGGGUCAAACCUCGUCAACCUGGUUCUCGGUCGUGCUUUUGCGGCCUCUACCUGGCCGUUCCGAUGCUCGAGACGCGGCAACGUCGAAAUCCGCUCCUUCAUUACCCCGCCCCGCCGGUUCUCUCGUAGAAGGAAGGCGCAAGGGCAGCAGCUCAGAUCGGACUCCGACGCUGUUUGCAACCGAGCGGGUGGGAGAUCCAUUCGCAUGGGCGAUGGACCAGUCCGUCGAAUCGACAGGAAUUGGCGAGUCCAAAGCGAUGGUGGUGGACUCGGAGGAACCAUCGUCAGAGUCUGCCUGGACACAUACGGUGCAAAAGGCGACCUCUACCGCCCCUUCUGCAUCCGACGACGCGGCUUCUACAGGGCUUGGAUUUCUGGUCAGCCCAACUGCGAAAUCAACACCAACGUCGUCUGCUUCCCCGUCUGUGCGACCGAACAUGCGCAUGCAUCUCUCGGCUCUCCCUGCUCCGGGCACGCCUCCUCUCUCGUCCGCUGGUACGGGCUCGUCCAAGAUCUCUAGCCACGCCUCCUUGUUGACAAACGCUGGCGCCACGAGCUCGCCCGCGACGAGCGCGCAGUCAGCGAAACCACCCAGCAUGGUGGGGUCGGAAUCGUCUUCGGGCUUCGCACUUAGCAACAGUCGGACAGCCGAACCCAUCCCUGAGGCCACAGAAGCCGACGUUCUUCCCGGCCCGAAAGUGCCGACACCAGCGCAGGUGUUUGCUGCAAAGACCGUCAUGAGCGUUACCGUCUCGAGCGCGGGGAUACAUCUCUCGUCUAGCUUUGAUGGCCCACCCACCGCGGCCUCUACUAUCCCGAUCUCAGCACCAGCGACAUUAUCGCCACUGCUCGGCAAGGUCCCUGGCGACCCCACUGUGCCUUCAUCGCCUCGACCCACCGCAUUGCCUCCGCCCGCUCCGAAGCCCCAUGUGACACCGCCCGAGCCGUCGUUCUUGCUCAAAUUCGCGGCGUUGUCAAGUCUUCCCAAGACCGGUGUCAUCAUCGCCGAUUCGGACCUGGCUUCUGGUUUCGUCAACUCGCUUGCACGCGAGUUGUUGAUGGGUGUUCCGGCUGAUGCAGCGACGGCGUCACAAAGGCAGCCAAAUUCGGUUCCUCCGGCCGGCGAGAACUCUUCGUCAACUGGUGCUAGCGGCGGAUCCGCGCCCAUGGCUUCCGACUCGGAGCAUUUGAACGACUGGUGGUCCGCAGGUGCUUGGAGCUCGGAAGACGGGUGGUCCGCUUUCUCGUCGUCGACUUCUUCGUCCUCCUUCUUCCCUCCUCAGCCACAAUCGAUGUUCGCCGACCCCGAGAGCCCAUUCGACUUCCAGGGCAGUCACGAUCUGACGCACGCGAGCAUCAUCGCUUCGGGCGAAGCGCGACCGACCGCACCGAAUGAAGGCACCGCCGGUUCGAGCAUUCGUAUCGGCAAAGCCCACGAGUCGAACCGAUAUCGAGCUACCGUCGCAGCCAUCCUCGCUCGUUCGCUUGCGUCCGACGAGAAGCGUCGAGCGAGAGCCUCACCCCGGUCGCAAAAGGUCCAUACUCACGAGGGCAAGGAUCCCAGGGACCGCUGGGCGACCGUCGGUGAUCACGAUUCGGCGGCCUUCGUCGCAGCGGGGUCAAAACAGGGCAAGAAGCCGUACAAGGUCUUUGACCACUCCUUCUCGCAGCGCAUCAUCGAUCCUUUCGAGCCUUUGCUCGAGAUCUGUGCGCGUCGCGGAGAGUACCCGACACCCUACGCCGAGGAUGAAGAUGGAGAUGACGAUGGUGGUGCGACGUCGGGGAUGAUCGUCGGCAUCGAAGUCGAGGUCUGGGAGUCGGCCGAGGAGCUCAAGAACGGUUCGUUCGUCACUUCCAAUUCGGCCGCGAGGAAGAAGCGCGUUAGGCGGCGGUUGGUCGAGAUCUCAGCCGCCCCCAUCUUUGCGCCCAGCACGUCAAAGUCGAAGAAUGGUGGCAAGCAGCAUUUAGGCGGUGUUCUUCUGCUUCGCGAUGUGACGGACGACGGAAAGCGUCGAGCCGGAGGGUGGGGACUCAAGGAUGCCAGCAAGAAGAAGAAGAAGAGCGAUGGCGACGCUUACUACAAGCAGGUAAGUCGAGUUUGGUCGGAAUCGGUUAUUAGAUCGAGCGGGGAUCUCACUGACUUGCUUUCCUGCUCGUCCAGAUCGUCGAUUCGAUGCCUCAACUCGUAUGGACGACCAGUGUCAAGGGUUCUCAUACUUAUUUCAAUCAGCAGUGGUACGCUUACACCAACUUGGAGCCCGAGCAAUCGCUGGGCGUUGGGUGGCAAAAUCCGUUCCACGAAGGUAGGUUCCUGGUGAUUGCACUGAGGCGGAUGAGCUCGAGCUGAGAUGAGGCUGACCAGUAACCCUCUUACGGAUUCACUAGACGAUAUGCCUGCCGCUUUGACGCAAUGGACGCACUCGCUCGAAACGGGAGACCCUUACUCCGUCGAAUACCGUUGCCGAAGGGGUGACGGUGUUUGGCGAUGGAUGCUCGGUCGAGCGCUGCCGUUGCGGGAUGCCGAUGGCGAGAUCCAAGGCUGGUUCGGAACAUGCACGGAUGUCGAUGAAUUCGUUAAUGUGAGUAGCGCGAAGAUAGCAGGUGUGCGUUACUCCUCAGGAGCUGGACUGACCGAGAGCGAUAUUCGAUCCGUUUCCAGAUCCGAACAGAGCUCUCCAAGACGCAAGAACAGUUCAAAGCAACCCUCGAAGGAGCCGAUGUGAUCAUCUUGGCGAUCGACGCGAGUUGGCACUGCACCUUCUUCCAAGGGUCUCACCGUGCUGCGAUCGUAAAGGACAUUCCGGACGGUAUCAUCGAGGGCAAGAGUAUCAAGGAGUUGUGGCCCGACUGGCCCUUGUAUGAAAAGUGCGAGAUCGUCAUGGAAGGCAAAGCCUCGCGAGAACAACUCGAAUGGACGCCCGCCCGUGCCAAAGACCAAAACGCGUUCUACCGAUGCCUCAUCACGCCGCUGACGGAGAAACUGCCGGACGGGACGCCAAAGAUCACGGGAUGCAUCAUCGUCGCGACCGACGUCACCGACAUGCGUAUCGCGCAAGAGCAACUGCGCGAGUCGUACGAAGAGAGGGCCAAGUUGCUCGCCUCUGAAACAGCGGCGAUAGCGGCGUCGAGGCUCAAGACCGAAUUUGUUGCCAACACAUCGCAUGGUGAGUCCCCUGUAGCCGGGCGCAAUCGCUGUAUGUCAGUGGAUCACGGUGCUAAUAUUUACAGUCGCGAACACAGAAACUCGCACACCUGUUGCAGGUAUCAUUGGUCUUGCCGAGCUGCUGCUCGACGAUCCCACCCUCCCCGAGCAGCACCGCUCCUCGGUCGCGAAGAUCAUGCGCUCCGGCGAGAUUCUUCUCGAGAUGAUUGGUAUGGUGCUCGACAUGGGCAAGGUCGAAGCCGGUAGACUCGAUCUUGAGCAUCGACCCUUCAGCAUCGACGAGAUCCUGAAUGACGCUCGCAUGUUCUCCACCUCGGCCGAGAAGAAGGGACUCGCGUUUAAGGAGCAGAUCGGCCCCUACUACCACGGGACUGUACUCGGUGACAUGCCGCGUCUGCGCCAAGUCUUGGCGAACGUGCUGUCGAACGCGAUCAAGUUCACCAACAAAGGCCGCAUCACGAUGCAUCUGGAACAGGAACACGAGACGGAGAGUCACGUGCAGAUCCGCAUCGAGGUCCAAGACACCGGUGUCGGCAUCAAGAAGGAUGCGAUCCCGUUGUUGUUCAAGCCUUUCCAUCAGGCCGAUGCCUCAACUGCUCGCCAAUUCGGUGGAACGGGUCUGGGACUCUGCAUCGCCAAGAAUGUGAGUCAAGGAUCUCGGAAGUGCCCCGAAAGUGAUACUGAGCUUCUGACUGUCUUCUCGCGAAGCUUCUCGCGCUCAUGGGUGGCACCAUCGAUCUCUCGAGCGAGUUCGGAGCUGGAACGAAAAUGACGGUCGUUGUCCCUCUCGAGAAGGCGCCGGACGGGACAACCGAGGAUGCGACCCCACUCGCCGAGCCGGGAGCCGACCUUGUCCGAGAAAACGUCUGGAUUCUCGUCACCGAUGACAACGAGCUCAACCGUGAGAUCAUCACCAAAACUUUGACCAAGAUGCGUUUCAACGUUGAGUCGGCGUCGAAUGGGCUUGAUGCGAUCGAGGCUGUGCAACGGCGUCAGUUCGACCUCAUUCUCAUGGACGGUCAAAUGGACACGAUGGACGGGUACGAGGCAACGCAACGGAUUCGACAAAUGUCGGACCCAAAGCUGAACCGGAUCAAGAUCGUCGCCCUCACGGCCUCGGCGAUCCAAGGCGACGAGGAGCGUUGCUUGCGCGCCGGCAUGAACGGAUAUCUUGCCAAGCCCGUGCGUGCUCGGGUCCUUGAAGCGACCAUUCUCAAGCAUCUCGCCAGACCUCCCCCUCCCCCGACGUUGAGUCGUCGCACGAGCAGCUCCACAACUCCCGGCGCCGAAACGGCGCAGUUGAUGUCCUUCGAUUUCCCCGACACGAUCCCGGAGGCCACGUCGACCUCGGCGGCCGACACCCAAAGCGUUCCUCGUCGACGACCGAGCCACCCCUCCUAUAGUAUCGACGCAGUGCCCAACAGUGGAACUCCUUUGGGCCCUAUGUAG